AUGUCGAAUAUACCGAUCAUUAUCAAGCAUCAAGGCAAGAAAUAUGAUAUCGAGCUCGAUCCUACGUCCAACGGCGAAACACUAAAAUAUCAGCUCUAUUCUCUCACUGGCGUUGAGCCAGAACGACAAAAGAUCUUGGUUAAAGGCGGGCAACUUAAAGAUGACACUGAUCUUUCGAAAAUCGGCGCCAAGCCAGGACAGACAUUUUUGAUGAUGGGAACACCUGCAGAGGGAGGAACACUUUCUAAGCCAAAGGAACCGAUAAAAUUUGUUGAAGAUAUGACCGAAGCAGAAGCUGCACAACAAGUUGGAGCAACACCAGCCGGAUUACAAAACUUGGGAAAUACAUGUUAUCUCAACUCAACGUUACAAACUCUCAGAGCUAUUCCAGAGUUGCAAGAUAGUCUGCAGAAGUUCACACCAUCUGAAACAGGUUCCAACAACAUGCUCAAUGCAUUCCAACUCAGUCGACCCCAAUCGCUCGAUCUGACAGCCGCAAUGCGAGAUUUGUACACGCAGAUGUCAGAAACACAAGAGGCGUUUCCGCCACUCAUUUAUCUCAACGCUCUACGACAAGCCUUCCCACAAUUUCAAGAAAAAGCCAAGAAUGGCCACGGCUACGCACAACAAGAUGCUGAAGAAGCUUGGACGCAAAUCCUCCAGGUACUACGAUCAAGCUUAAAGAUUGGUGAAGGUGGAAACACUGAAGGAUCUUCAUCUACGUCGGUCUCUUUUGUUGACAAAUAUAUGGCGGGAGCAUUCCAAUCUAUCACGGAGUGUGAUGAGCAAGGUGCAAAGGACGCAGGUGAACAACAAAUCAAAGGAAAUGAUGUUUUCUUGAAGCUGGAUUGUCAUAUCACUGGCGCAACUAAUCAUCUUCGAGAUGGACUGGUCGCAGGAUUGGAGGAAAAGAUUGAAAAGAGAUCUGAAGUCCUUGGUCGCGAUGCCAUUUACACCAAAAAAUCCAAAAUCUCACGUCUUCCCAAAUACCUCACUGUCCAUUUCGUUCGAUUCUUCUGGAAACGCGAGGCUCAAAAGAAAGCAAAGAUUAUGCGCAAGGUUACAUUUCCUCAUGAAUUGGACGUAGUAGAAUUCUGUACGGAUGAGCUCAAGCAAAUGUUGAUCCCGGUUAGGGACAAGGUUCGUGAAGUACGAAAGGAAGAGGAAGAUAUUGAACGUGCUCGCAAGCGUCAAAAGCGUAUUCACGAUAAAGAAGAAGCUGACAAGAAAGCUGGCCUUGUCGAUGAAGCAUCAUCUUCCUCAAAGAAAGAUGAGAAGAAGGAGACUAAGUCUAAAGACGGUGAUACCGAAAUGGAGGAUGUUGUUUAUAAGACCGACGCGGAGAUUGAUGCGGAAAAAGCAGCUUCAAUCUUGGAGGCAAAGAAGGAGUUGAAUGCGUUAAUCAAUCCAGAGCUUGCCAAGGAUGACGGAGCAAACAAGUCUGGUCUUUACGAACUUCGUGGUAUUGUUACCCAUCAAGGAUCUAGUGCGGAUAGCGGUCAUUACACUUCAUAUGUGAAGAAGCAAGGACCACUUGACCGCAAGACUGGCGUACGUGGUGAGGAAGAUGGAAAGUGGUGGUGGUUCAACGAUGACAAGGUUUCAGAGGUCGAUGCUGAGAAGAUUGCUACUCUCGCUGGUGGUGGAGAAUCUCACUCUGCGCUCAUCUUGCUCUACAAGGCUAUCCCAUUACCUACUGCUGAAGGUAUCAACUAA